AUGCGGGAGGUCUAUCCGGUGUCGGGAGAAGCCUAUCGCUACCGUAUUGAAGAACGGGAUAGCUACUUCACCUUCGAAUUGGAAGAAGAGAUACAGGCGGGCAUCAUACCCUCAAUCACCCUUGGCAUUGAGUCCCAGCAAACCGGAGAAGGGUUAUGCCGCACCGAAUCGGGCCGCACUUACCCAUUUGCCUGGGCCUGGGUAGGCCCUGAACUGCAUCUGUGGCUGGACGGCGACCUGUUCGUGUACCAGCUAGCGGAGGUACUGGUCCUCGAGGGCGACCAUGUGGAGCGAAACCAGACCGUCAUCGUGAUGGAGUCCAUGAAAAUGGAGUUGGUAAUCACAGUUCCCCGCAGCGGCGUCGUCAGGCGGGUGGCAGUAGAACCGGGGCAACAGGUGGACCGUGGCAUGCGCUUGUUGGAGUUGGCACCUGAGGAGGAAUGA